AUGCCGUCGUCGGUGAAACCCCCUCGAGAUUAUAGGUUCUGGCUAGUCUUCCUUGCAAUUGGGAUAUCUACUAUGAUAACAGCCCUAGAGCUGUCCGCCGUAUCCACAGCGCUGCCCAAAAUUGUCAAUGAUCUCAGUGGUUCAGACUUCAUUUGGGUUGGGUCAGCGUACGCGCUGUCCGCCACAGCGUUCAUACCGAUGAGCGGGGGUUUUGCUCAGAUUUUUGGAAGGCGAUUUGUCAUGCUCUCGUCGUUGUGUAUCAUGGCAUUAGGCAGCGCUCUGUGUGGCGCUGCACCAACCAUGAACUUUCUGAUUGCUGGAAGAACUGUCCAAGGACUUGGCGGUGGUGGUAUUGCUUCAACUACUGCCAUAAUCAUAUCAGACCUCGUGCCGCUACAAGAGCGUGGAGUAUUCAACGGUCUGAUUGGCAUUGCAUGGGCGGUUGCCGGCGGAGUUGGUCCCAUUGUUGGCGGUGCUCUCGCCCAGUCGGGCCAAUGGCGAUGGCUUUUCUACCUCAAUAUCCCAAUCUGUGGUGUAGCGGGUGCUCUCAUGCUUUUGUUCCUUAGAGUGAACACUCCGCUUGGAUCACUGCGUGAGAAGUUCGGGCGAGUCGAUUGGAUUGGAAAUAUUAUAGUCAUCUCUGCUACUACAGCGUGUGUAGUUGCCUUAACAUGGAGUGGCGUACAGCAUGCGUGGGACUCGGCACCAGUGUUGGUCCCUCUAGUCGUCGGACUAGUUGGACUGAUAAUAUUUCUUGCGUACGAAGCUUUCGUGCCAAAGUAUCCACUUGUGCCAUUCACAUUGAUGUCUACCAUGACUGGUGUCUCUGGUUACAUCCAGACGUUUGUCAUGCCCGUGGUGAUGAUGGCUCUAGAUUACGUUCCAGUAUACUUUCAGGCCUGUAAAGGUGCCUCACCUGUCGGUGCAGGAGUCGAUCAGCUAGGAGUUGCACUUGUGCUGGCACCCUCCGGCAUUAUUUCCGGUGCAUCGGUGAACAAGACACAGAAAUACCGGCCGCAACUGUGGCUCUCGUGGAUUCUCUUAACCCUUGGCACCGGUCUUCUAAGUACCCUGAAUGAAGAUACUCCAAAGGGCCAUGCAAUUGGGUUCGAGGUCCUAGUUGCAGUUGGCAUUGGCAUCCUCACAACAACGACAUAUUUCCCUGUCCUUGCGCCUGUGCCUGUUUCGCAGAAUGCACUCGCUUUGGCAUACUUCAUGUUUCUUCGGAAUUUUGCUCAGGUAUGGGGUGUGACCGUAGGCGGUGCCGUUCUUCAAAACGAACUGCAGAAGCGAAUGCCUGCUGCAUUUGCAGCCCAGGUCCCUGGCGGUACUGCUAUUGCCUACGCAACCAUCCCGCUCAUUGCAGAUCUACCGGAGCCUCUCCGAAAUGAGGUCCGCGUCGCCUUUGCGAAUAGCUUGAAGGUUGUAUGGGAAGUUUUUGCUGGGAUUUCAGGAAUCGGCCUCAUUGCUAGUCUAUUUAUGAAGGGCUUACCCUUACAUACCUCUACCGACAAGCAAUGGGCACUGGCGCAGAGAGGAGAGCAGGGUUCUGAGGAUCACGAGAUGGAAAGUGGGUAG